AUGGCCAUUAUCGGAUGCAUUGUUUCCGCCACUACCAACAAAACCCCUUGGACUUGUUGCUGGGGAGACGAUUAUCGGAUUCGCCUGUGGAGUUAUUUUCGUUGGCUAUGCCAGCGUGUCAGAAAUGCUUCCCAACAAAUAGCGAGGCGCUGGUAUCGCAUUGACAGAGUUCUUUAUUCAACACCGUGGGUUCUAGUCAGUACCUUAAUGGCCACCUCCAUAUACACUCGAACUGCACUCUCCUGGCGCUGGUUCUCUAUCAUCGGCACUAUCUACGCCACUGUCAGCGUUACCGGCGUCACUCUUUUCUAUUUUCCACCUUCACGUCCGGCUCACGACUAUGGCAAACCCCGCUGGCAAGAAUUUCGAGAAUUAGACUUCAUUGUCUACUUGCUCUUUGGCGGAGGUCUGCGUAUAGCUCUCGUUGGCCUCUCUUGGGCUGGUACACAAUAUGCGUGGGACUCUGCGGCUUUUCUCGCUCCACUUAUUAUUGGGAUUUGCGCCGUCGCGGCGAGCUUCAUCUACGACUUCACGGUUCCUGAGUCACCUUUAUUCCCAUUGUCGCUGCUGCGAGAGUUUCGGAGAUAUACCAUAUUCGUGGUGAUCGCUUUUGUGGCCGGAUUCAUCUAUCGUUCGAUGGCAGCAAUGCUCCCUCAGGUUACUCUCUUCGUAUUCACGAGCGAUCCCAUACAGAUUGGCAUAAUUCAGAUUCCUAAUGGUGUUGGUCAACUCAUUUUUGGCGCUGUGUCAUCAGCAGAGAUCGGACUCAUUGGUCACCUGAGGCUUCAGCUUAUCUUUUGGGUGACUUUGAUGACCGUCAGCAUCGUCUGUCUAGCCGCAACAAUUCCUAACCACAAAGCAGCGUUUAUGGCAGUUCGGACUUUCGGAAUGGGACCAUUCCCGACCGUUACCGUUGUGGCAUAUGUCAUAGUCAGCCUGAAUGUCCCCCUUCGACACCUGAGAGUUGCCAUCGGUCUCAUUGGAACAUUCCGCAGCGCCGGCGGCAGCCUGGGGAAUGCUAUUCUUCAAACAAUUUUGAACUCAAUCGUCGAAAGCGAGCUCGCGCCUGCUAUCAUCAGCGCCGGCACCCAGCAUGGCUUCCCCCUUGAACAUGCUGGGGAACUGAUUCAGGCUACAGUUUCGAAUGCAGUGGGGGUGCCAUACGUCUUCCGUUCGGUUCCCGGAGCAAGCUACAGCAGCUGCUCCGAAGGGCGUUUACGCAUAUGCGUUUCAACGGGUUUUCCUCACCAUCAUUCCCUUCGGCGUAACUGCCAUCGCAUGUGCAUUGUUGGCAAAUGA